AUGUCUUCUAUUUCUAGACCAUAUUUUGCGCGCAUUUAAAAAAAAAUAUUUUGUUAAAUAUUUAUUCUAUUUUUGUAUCGACAAAACUUCUUCAUAACGUGAUGAUUAUAUAUACACGGAAUGUCGAUAAUCCCAAUCAAGUAAUCAAAAUUAAUCAAUCGUACUAAUAUAUUACAAUACAAUGUUAAUAUCGACAUUAUAUAAUAUUUAACAAACUAAAUUGUUUUAGCCGAGAAUUAAUUUUUCUAACAAUACUACUUAGUAUUAAUGAAACCUAAUCAAUCUUAAUAAUUAGAUUUAAGAAUAUUUGACUUUUAGAAAUUCGAUGUACAACUUUUACGUUCGCGACAAAGAUAAAAAUAAAAAAGAACUCCGGUUGAAAAUAAUCUAGAGCAUAAAUUUUCAUGGUUUUAUUUUCGGUAAUCGUGGAAACUAGAUUUAAAUAAAGAUAUUGGUACGGCUUCUUGUCCUCGUUCGUAAUUCCCGUACUCUCUAUUCUCUAUAUAGAACUCACGCACGCACAAAUAUCAUCUCGUUUAUACUUAGGGUUCAUAGUACUGUUAUGCCGUCCCUGAUUGCAUACUGAAACGCAUGCAAUGCGCAGAGUGUCCACAAGUAUCGUGGCCAGCGUCUGCUGCGUUAGUCAUUUAGUAGUACAUAACAGUAGUGUAAAAUGUGAAAUUUCUCUAAAUAUUUUUACAAAUUUGUUUCUUAAAUUUUGCUGUAAAAGUUACGCGGAGAAGCUCAACAGAUCUUACGAGUUUAUUAAACUUUUGGCGGAACUCUUCGAUUUUUCGUCAUAUCCUAUUCCUUAUUGUAUUAGUCUACCAUCGUGUGUACAGAAAUUAGGGCGUGAAGAGGCAUUAAACCUAUACAUCUGAAAUUUUCUUAAACAAUAAUAUGAAAUAACAUCAAACAUGACUAGCUCAGAAAUAAUUCGGCACACCUCUAAUUGUUCCCUGGAUAUUAUACGAGUAUUCAUGAAUAUUUUAUAAACAUAGUGAUUUGUAAUCUAAAGUUAUAGUAAUGAUAUUGACCAAUAAUUUUAAUAUAACUAAUGAAAACCAGGUUUUUUAUGGACCUAACACUGAAACAGUAAAAAAUGUCUAGAAAGCGUGCUAGAGAAGAAACUAUGUUGAAUUCUACAACUUAUUCAAAUAUUCAAAAUGGAGAGGAUGCAUCUUGCUCCAGGAAAGAUUCGCCUGUUUAUCCUCUAGUGACAAUGACUUGGGGGACCAACAGGAAUUCAAAUAAUGACUCAGGUCAAUUUUCGCUGAAAAAGUAUAAUAGCGAAAUUUCUGUUUCCCACAAAGAACUUCCAUCAAUUUGUAAGGAGGCUCCCUUUAGUGAUGAUCCAGAAGCACUUGCCGAAAGAAAUGCAUGUGAUUAUAAUAUUCGUAUUACAUUAAAAAUGGCAAGAAGUAGUAAAGCCCCUAGGAAAAUCAGAGUCUAUGCAGAUGGUAUUUAUGACCUAUUUCAUCAAGGCCAUGCACGACAACUUCUACAAGCAAAAAAUAUUUUCCCUAAUGUGUAUCUUAUUGUGGGAGUUUGUAAUGAUCAGUUAACACAUAGUAAAAAGGGAAGGACAGUUAUGACAGAUAUUGAGAGAUAUGAUGCAGUAAGACAUUGUCGUUAUGUAGAUGAGGUGGUUAGGGAUGCACCUUGGGAACUGGAUGAUGAAUUUCUUACAAAGCAUAAAAUUGACUUUGUUGCUCAUGAUGAUAUACCUUAUAUGACAGAUGAUAGUACAGAUGUUUAUGCAGGCCUGAAAGCUAAAGGUAUGUUUGUGGCUACGCAAAGAACAGAAGGAGUAUCAACGUCGGAUAUUGUUGCAAGAAUAGUUAAAGAUUAUGACAUUUAUGUAAGAAGAAAUCUUGCGCGAGGCUACAGUGCCAAAGAACUUAAUGUUUCUUUUCUCAAUGAGAAAAAAUUCCGCUUACAAAAUAAGUUUGAUGAUUUAAAAGAUAAGGGUAAACGGGUAAUGGAGAACAUUGGCGAGAAACGUAUGGAUAUGAUUAGCAAAUGGGAAGAAAAGUCUCGAGACUUUAUUGAUGCUUUUCUACUCUUGUUUGGAAGAGAAGGUAGAUUGUCAACGAUUUGGAAUGAAAGCAAAGGACGUUUGAUGCAAGCAUUAUCUCCUCCUGCAAGCCCAAAAAGAGAUGGUAGUCCGAAUGGCAGUAAUAGCAGCAAUAAUGAUGAAGAUCAGACAAGUCCACCACCAAAAAAGACUGGCCGUUUUGAAUAUUCACAGAGUAAUUAUUAUUUAAGCGAUGAUUACAGCGAUGAUGAAGAAGAAAAUUUGCACUCCAAAUGAUAAUCCUUUUUUUCAAAAACACAUUCUUUAUUUUGACCAAAAAUAUCGUGCAAUAUCACAAAAAAUGUUUAAGGAUAUUUUAUUGCGUCUAUAUGAUUUGAUAUGGAUUAUAAUGUUAUGCUUAAUAGUAUUUUUAUGGUAUGAUUUCAUACUAUAUACGAUAUAAAAUUAUCUAUUAUAAUAUUUUCAUUCAAUCCAGCCAUGGAUUAUUAUAUAUUAAUUAAAUUGUAUAUAUGCACGAAUAUUGAGAAAUCAUACAGAUAACUUGAAACAUUCGUUGCAUCUAUUCUUGAUAGUUCCGUUA